CGUCGCUCAACCUGAGAGGCUACACUCCGCAAAUCAAUCCAAUAGCCGAUCGCAAGGACGUUCAGCUACUGAUCCAAAGGGCAUUCAUGCUGAAGCGCUGUAUCGGCCUUCAACAUGCCUGCAACCACGCCCGUUUCCGUAUAGCAGUCAAUGCUCCUACAAUUCGAACUCUAACGGUCCGACGACUGGUUGCAGAAGGGAAUCCUCGGACUCCUAAGAACGGUGGGAGUGAGCGCAGAGCCUCUGAUUCGCAUGAACGGGGUUCGAAUCGCAAAGAUGGCAGAGCCGCCGAUUCACACGAUCGUAGCGCGAAUCGCAAAGAUGGAUCCGGGCCAAACGCGGUUGUCCGACGACCGUCCCACAACCCGAAGAGUUUAGAGGCGGAACUGCGAUGGCUUAAAGAUCCGGUUAGGCUGGCAGAUCAUGUCCAAAGGCUGCUCCUUCUGUCCGAAGUGAGUAAGGCUACGGAGAUGAUCCAUCUCGCCAGUAAAACCCAGAAAUGUACAGUCCCCUGGAAUCUUCUCCUGGAUCAUCUCAUGAGGAGUGGGAAGGUCAAUGAAGCGAUGAAGACGUUUAACGAUAUGAAGAAACGGGCUCAAGCACCUGACUCUUAUACAUUUACCACUCUUCUCAGAGGACUUGCGAGAUAUGCGGACAAAGUCCCAACUGCGCCCUCCCGAGCGGUCGCCCUCUUUCAUUCGAUGUCCGCGCCCAAUUCCCGAGUCGAGCCGAUGACUAUGCACGCCAACGCCGCGCUGUCUGUGUGCGCGCGAGGCAACGCAGCGGAUGAGCUCUGGGGUAUUAUAUCAAGAUUACCGGAACAUGGACCAUGUGCUCCGGAUCAUAUUACCUAUUCGAUCGUCCUAACAUUCCUACACGACCAGGUCCUCGCGGAUAAUGAACUGAAGGAUUUCGCCAAUUCCCAGUUUUUGAAGCGUGUUGAAGAAGGCAACGAGAAGAUGCGCCAAGUUGAGGAGGCAGUUCUCCGAGGACGCCGCAUUUGGGCUAUUGUUCGCGACAAGUGGAUGAACGGAGAUAUUGUCGUAGAAGAAGGCCUUGUCUGCGCAAUGGGACGUCUGCUCCUGCUGAGCAACGAUGUUGCCAAUGUCCGGGAUAUUUUUGUGUUGGCUGAGCAGACAAUGGGCAUACCUAACAUCUCCAAGAAGAAGGAGGAGGGAGCGGUUUCUUUAUUGCCAGCGGGCUCCUCAGGCACACGACCUGGCGUUGACGGGGUGGACAAGACGGACAAGUUGGAAGAGCACGAGCACGGCGAGAGCGAUCGGAAAGCUGGCAUAUCGCUAGAUGUGCCAUCGCUUGAUCCAUCUGAAGGGCCUAGAGAAAAUGAGUUUACUCUGAUUCCCCAAUUGGUCUCGGGACAAAACGCGCUUGUUCCCAACGACAGCGCCGUCUCGACCCGGACACCCAACCGCCGUCCAACCAGACAUGUUCCAAUAUCAUAUGUCAAGCUUGGAAACAACACUCUGUCGCUCUUACUGGAGGCCUGUCUUAAACUGAGAUUGAAGGUGAUUGCGUCAGAGUACUUUUCCCUGCUCACAUCGAAGUCUGGGCCUGGUUGGGACACCCUACUUCCUGACGAGGCAGCCAUGGACAUGCUGCUCCGGGUUUUCCGCGCCACUCGAAGCAGCCAAGAAACGGUACAUGCGCUGGAGGUCGACUUUCCAGCGGCUGGCAUCAAACCGACUCGGAGCUCGUAUCUCAUUGCCCUUAGUGCAUGUGCACGGCGACUCAAAAACCUGAGUGGUGCAUUCCGGGAUGCGGACAAUAUCGUCCGAAUGAUGUUCGAACAAUCCAUCCACGAUCCCAAAUGCCUUUCGGUGUAUGUUACCACUGCCCAGAAAGCGCAUGGAAGAGUCGAAAAUAUGGCCGCGAUUCACCGGUUAUUACAAGCGGUGGAGCCCCUUCGCGGCUACGUGUUGGGUCACAAACAUGCUAGGCAUUAUUCCCAAGCGGAUUGUUUAGCGGUUUUGAAGGAGUUGCGAGGACGUAUCACGGUUGUUCUGGAUACACUUGGCCAGAAACUAGGGGAGGGGUACAAGGAGGAGUUGAAGGCGAAGAUGAAGGAUGUGGACUCGAUCAUAUUCGAAGCCCAUCAUCAGGAGCCUGUGCGGAAGAUACAUCGCGAUGGAGGCGAAGGGCGUGAAGGUUGAUGUGUAUUUUUGAAGAUAUCCCAUUGCUGUAGACCUGUACAUUAUCCGUAAACUGUAAGAUAGAUGUUAAUAACGACGCUUAUCCGACUUGCGGCACUGAAUUUCGAC